AUGCCAAGCAUCUUUUCCUACGAGAGUGCUGAGGUGGACUGGUGUGAAAACAACUUCGAGCGCUCGGUGCUCAUUGCAGAGUACUACAACACCAUCAGCAAUGUCUGCUUCUUUGCCCUUGCUCCUGUCCUGGUCUACCUGAACUGGCAGUACUGCCAGCAAAGGGCCCUGCCCAUGUACCUCGUCUCUGCCCUGCUCGUCUGUGUAGGUAUCUUCUCUACGUACUUUCACAUGACCCUGAGCUACGUGGGACAACUCUUGGAUGAGCUCUCCAUCCUCUGGGCACUGGCUGUGGCAUAUUCCUUUUGGUACCCAAAGGUUUACUUCCCCAGGUUCAUCAAGAGCAGGAAGCAUUUCUUCUGGCUUUGUGGUGUCACCACUGUGAUCAGUACCUUGAUGUCCUUCGUCAAACCGGCCUUCAACGCCUACGCCCUCAACUGCAUCGCCUUCCACAUGCUCUACCUGACCUGGCAUGAGCUGAAGAAGUGCAAUGACAAGAGGGUUCACCGGAUGGCCGCCGUCAUGGUCGUGUGGUGGGUACUGGCCAUCAGCAGCUGGCUCAGUGACAGGUGGCUCUGUGGGCUCUGGCAGGCCGUCAGCUUCCCCUACUUGCACAGCUUCUGGCAUGUGCUGAUAGCCAUGGCCCUGCUCUACUUCUGCCCACUGGUCAUCUACUUUGACGUCAGCUACGAGAUGCCAUCAUUCAAGCCAAUGCUGAAAUACUGGCCCAGCGACUCUUGGCCUGUCGUGGUGCCUUACAUCGCCCUGGAGGAACCCCACAAGCAGUGCUAG